AUGGCUCCCUACGAGGCACUGUAUGGACGAAAAUGCAGAUCACCCCUUUUCUGGGAUGAAGUGGGUGAACGAAAACUGCUGGGACCAGAACUAGUUCAACAAAUGAUCGAGAAAGUUGACCAGGUCAAACAGAAGAUCAAGGAAGCACAAGACAGGCAAAAGUCAUAUGCCGAUACACGACGCACUGAACUAGAAUUCAACACGGGGGCUCGAGUUUUUCUCAAAAUCUCCCCCACAAAGGGAGUAAUCCAUUUUGGAAGUCGUGGUAAGCUGCGACCCCGCUAUAUAGGUCCAUUCGAGAUCCUAAAUAGAGUGGGCAAAGUAGCUUACCGAUUAGCCUUGCCACCAAGCAUUGGAGACGUGCAUAAUGUGUUUCAUGUCUCGCAAUUACAGAAAUACGUGUUUGACCCAAAACACGUGGUAAAGCAUGAGAAGGUAGUUCUAGCCCAAGACUUGAGCUAUGAAGAGAAGCCUGUCCAGAUACUUGAUCGUAAGGUUCAAGUUUUAAGGAACAAACAAAUACCUAUGGUUAAAGUGCUCUGGCACCACCAUAGGAUAGAAGAAGCCACGUGGGAACUGGAAGAGAAGAUGAGAGCUCAGUACCCCGAGUUAGAUUACCAAGGGUUAGUGGCUCGAUGGGUUGAUCGCCAUCGUGCACUAACAGAUUUAGAACGUUAUGAGGGUGGGUGCUUGAUAGGAGGUUAUCCGGAGCACAAUUAA